ACAGUCUUUCUUUUCCCCAUAGAUCGAAUGGACCUGGAAGAGCCGGAAAAAGUAGAUAAGUUGCAGGAACCAUUGUUGGAAGCGCUGAAGAUUUAUGCGCGCCGACGCCGGCCCAACAAGCCUUACAUGUUUCCUCGCAUGCUCAUGAAAAUUACUGACCUGCGGGGGAUCAGUACCAAAGGUGCUGAACGGGCCAUCACCUUGAAGAUGGAGAUCCCUGGUCCCAUGCCACCACUCAUCCGAGAGAUGCUGGAAAAUCCUGAAAUGUUUGAAGAUGAGCUGUCACAACCUCCAACUUCAGCAGAAGCUCCGAGCACUGAGGAGAGCCCAGCUGACACCAAAAGCCAAGAGGAGACCCCUUAGCACCUCAAGAAAGCCUGGAUCUAGGCUGAGAAAGGCUGGGAGAAGAUGGUUUUCUGUAUCUCAUCUCUGCCUUCCCAUGGCCCAUUUCCUCCUUGAUACAGUUUUAGGCUUACCUUUCCUGCUCUUGGCUCAUCUGCCGGCCAUCAGGACAGCAGUCAAGAUGAGCAAGGAGGCAGCCAGCAGCCUGUUCCUCUCUCCUCCUCUGGUGACGUGGGCUGGAUGCCUCUUGCCUUAAUUUUUUUUCCUUUGGGGCCUUGGAUUUCUAUUCAGAAGCCUUUUCUCCCAACCCCAGAGCUUUGCCAAAGCCCCCAGGUUGCCUCUCCAGAUGACUCAAGCAGCUUCAAAGCCAAAUGUUCAGCACCUGGGAAGUCCCAAAGGGGCUACAACUCGGAGGUCCCCCUUUUCAAAAUGGGGUGAGCUCCACACGUGCAAUUUCCCUCCCCAUAAACUCUUCAGCCUCUGAGAAAAAGGGGCACCCCAAGAGCCAAUGGAGACUCUGUAAUGAGCGGUUUCUUGGUUCCUCCUUCAACACAGCCUAAAACCCACUUCGUCCUUCUGCCUUGCAAGCCAGGAAGCCUGGCACCCGGGAUGCUAUUUAUUCAAGAAUCUGAAGACCAACAGAGGAACACAAGAGACAAGAGACCCUUCCUCUCCCCGUUGCACACAAGAGACCUUGGACCAAUAAUGUUGGGGAACGGAGAAGACAAAGGCAGGACUUCUAUGUACGCAUCCCUAGACAUGUCGCCUUCAGGGUGUGCUUGUAUUAAAAAAAUCCUUCUCGGAUGGAUUCCGGCAAGCUAUGCGAAUUCUUGGGGGUGGGGGAGGGGCUCCUUUUGGUUAGCUUUAUAAAACGCUAUUGUGUUAUUAUCGCAGGGCAGAGAGCCGAUCCC